AUGAAAUUUGAGGUAGACAGUGGUUCACCAGUUUCCUUGAUUGGGCUUGCUGACAGAGUAAAAUGGUUUAACGACAUUACGCUUAAUGAGACAAAAGUUGAAUUGCGUAGUUACUGCGGCAGUAAAAUAAAGGUUUUCGGUACCAUUGAUGUAGAUGUGGCGUGUAACGGGAAAAUACAAGUCUUGCGAUUGUUCGUGGUCGAUUCGAAAAGGCAACCGUUGCUGGGGCGGGAGUGGAUGCGUGCGUUGCAGUUCAAUUGGAACGAUGUCAUGAAAAACUAUCUUUCUAGUGUCAACAAAAUAACGCUGCGUACACCGUUAUCCGGAACGGUGAGAAAUGUACUCGAAGAGUUCCCUUCAGUUUUCGAUGAUUCUAUUGGAGAGAUCACCAAAGUUCAAGCUUCGCUAACCCUGAAACCGAAUAGCAAACCUGUAUUUUUGAAAUCUCGUUCAAUACCUUUUUCUAUUCAAGAUGUUGUGGAAAACGAAAUCAAUCGGAUGGUGGAAAAGGGGAUCUUGUUGAAAGUUAACCACAGUGAAUGGGCGACUCCGAUAGUGCCUGUGAUGAAGUCCGCCAACAAGGUGCGUCUGUGUGGGGAUUUCAAGCUGACCGUUAACAAGAAUCUGUUAGUGGACGAACAUCCUUUACCGACCAUAGAUGAAUUAUUCGCCAACAUGGCCGGUGGCGAGAAAUUUUCUAAACUGGAUUUAGCACAAGCAUAUCUCCAAAUGGUUGUUAGACAGGAAGAUCAACCAAUACUCACAUUAAACACACAUCUGUAG